GGACAAUAUGAAUGGCUACGGGCAUUGUUCGACGUCUUAGCAAGGCAGAAGGAACUUUGAGGAUUCACACUUUGGCAAAGUCUAGACGUUGGUUGUGUUUAUUCCUUUUGACUUAAAACAUAAUCAGUAAACGUUGUCGCUAGCUAUCUCAGUACUCGUGGACUACUAAAAGAAUAAGUGUUUUAUCGAACGCCUCUAACUUUUGACCGUGAAGGCGUGUGACAGAAGACUUGUUUCUACUUGUACUGGGCUUGAGAUGGGCGAUCAGGAACCUCCAGAGUUUGGGUCCCUGGAAGAAGAACUGAAGUACUGGAAGGAGCAGGCUGCAACGCACCAACUGAGUGCAAAGGAAGCCCACGAAGAGCUGCAGGAGUUUCAGCAGAUGAGUCGGGAUUAUGAGGUGGAGCUGGAGAUGGAGCUGAAACAGUGCGAGACAAGAAACCGAGAGCUUCUUGCUUCCAACAACUGCCUCCGCAUGGAACUGGAAAACUACAAGGAGAAGUAUGAGACACAGCACUCUGAGGCCUAUCGGCAGAUCUCCAGCCUGGAGGGAGACCUGGCUGAGACUACGGCCAUCAGAGAUCAUCUUCACAAAUACAUCAGAGAGCUAGAGCAGGCCAACGAUGACCUGGAGAGAACCAAGAGGGCAACCAUAAUGUCACUGGAGGAUUUUGAGCAAAGGAUGAAUCAGGUUAUAGAAAGGAACGCCUUCCUGGAGAGUGAGCUGGAUGAGAAGGAAAAUCUGUUGGAGUCUGUCCAGAGACUAAAGGACGAGGCUAGAGACCUGAGACAAGAGUUAGCAGUACAGCAGAAACAGCAGGUACAGGACAGGAAGCCGUCCCUUAGCAGUGCAAGCAAAGAGCCUUCCUCAUCAUCUUCCUCCUCAACUGGUCUGCCCACCCCACCUCUUACACCUCCUGACAAAAGGACCGACGACAAAAGUACGUCUUUACCCUCUAACCAGCCAGUUCACUUUGCCACAACACCGUCCAGAUGUCCGUCGUCAGCAGAGCCCUUCAUUACCAGAGGUGAAAGCCACACAGGAACUCCUCUCACCACGUCAGCAAGAAUAUCUGCUCUGAAUAUUGUUGGAGAGCUGCUGAGAAAAGUUGGGAACCUGGAGUCCAAGCUGGCAUCAUGUCGGGAAUAUGCCCGCGAGCAGACAGCAGCCCGCAGAGGCCACGCUGGAGGACAGGUGCUGGCGGGGACAGCCCAGAACCACUCAGAGACCCAUACCACCAACGGCCUCUACAACAAAGGGCUUGUAAAGAGGUUAGACUUUGGGGCUGGGUCCAAACUGUUGAUGUGAAUCCGAAGAUGUACUCCACCUCGAUGCUCCUCUGUAGUGCUCCGUACGUCCUCUCCGUCCAGCCUGCAUCCCUCAAGUUUAACGGUACUGAGCAUUGCACAUCGCACAAGUGGUUUCAGAGUCAAAAUGACAUGGACCACUACUCACAGGAAGCUAUAAAGUUGAUGAAUAUGUUCCUAUGGAAACAUGGAUUUCUUUUGGCAGCAGGUAAUUUACAGUACUUGUUUUCAGCACUUGCACUUAGCUUGAACCCACUUAAUGCAUGUCCCCGUCUCACCUUGUUUUUGCAUUUGUCAGGUAUUUUGCACUUUUACUUUGAUGCUCUAAUGGUGUGUUUAGACUGAAUGCGUUUUAGAGGAAGUUACCUUAUGACACUAAAUAAAGUGGAGGACUUGUUUCAUUUAGCUCAUUUUUUAUGGAACUUAUACAUAUUAACAAUAUAUUUAUACUCCGAAGGGAUAAAUGCUUAAAAUUUUUAAUUAGAUCUUAUCUGCUGAAGAGGAAGGUGAAGAGGCUGGGUUAUCUGUCAGUCAGUCUUGCUACAACACACACACACACACACACACAUAGACAACUGUUAACAACAAACAACUGACAACUGUUACGUUAAGUAUUACCAGUCAGUUGUCAGUUAACAUGAGUACUAAUUACUGGAUGGAACUUUUAUUGACACACUAGGGGAGGAUUUUGCAAUGAUCUUAAAAUACUACUUUGUAAAUAUUUAGCAUUUGUCACUGAUGUUUGUAAUACUGCACAACCUGUUGGUUGGUAAGUCUUCACAGUAGAUUGGUAAUAAACAGAGGUCAGGUAAUAUUUUUAGUCCACUAACAUAGUGCCAAUGAGGCCACAAUGAAUAGAAACUAAUAGUAGAAUUCCUUAUUAAAUGUUGUAGAAGAAAGUUGUAAUUAGAUCAGCAUUUUGAUUGACAGAUUAAUUAAAUUCCUAAUGUGAAGUUUAGGAGAACAGGGAUCAUUAACACUGUCACCCAUUAAUUUUGUAUUUAUGAGCAAUUUUGAAAUUCUAAACUUUUUUACUUUUUUAAGUAUGCUCAGAGAGGUUUUUAGAUUGGGUUGCGCUAAUGGCACACGCACAUACUGUAGCAAACACCCUGACUGAAUGUAAGUGGUGAAGGCAAACAAGCUUUCAAACAAAGUACCUCUUUGUAAGCCUUACUGUUGUAAUGAAGCACAUUUCUGUCACUGUGACUGAUGUUGGGGAAAAGUGAAGUUAGAGCAGAAAGUGUGGAAAAUGUUUACUUGACAUUUUAUAAGAGACAUUGUUAAAGGCCAAAUGUGAAUUUAGCCUGUAGUAAUGAAGAGAUUCGACGCAAUGCACAACCAUGCACACGGCCUAAAAAUGAGGCCAGAUGAACCUCGCGUCAUUGUAAAAGUGAAAUGAGUUUGAGUUUAUGUGGGAGAAACACGACAGUACCAUGUUUUAUUAUGGAAGAUCUAAACGUAGUACAGAUGUAGCUAUUAGAGUUUACUGAUCACAUUUGCGCCCUCCAGGUGAUAAAUCGUUAUCAUUGGAAUGGCCUUGGCCCAAGUACUAGUAAAGCUUUAGGAAAAUCAUCAAUAUGGUCACAUAAUAUGUAGGCAGUAAACUGGCUUUUCUACCGUUAAGCUUUUAUUUCACAAAAGCCCUAAAAUGUUUUCCUGUUUGCUGCCAUCAUCAAUAUGCUCAUUGUGGUUAAUAUUUAAAAAUGAAAUGUAUAGAUUAAACAUAGCGCUAGUACAUUUCUUCUGUCUGUCCAGGAGUUAAACCUGCUCAGAUCCUCCAGUGAAUGAGGGAAUAUAAAUACUUCAGUGAAGGCUACUUGUGUUUUAUGUUAAAAAGAGAAAAGUAUGUCGUAGAUUAUAGUAUAAUAAACUGUACCUCUACUGUACGGUUCUUUUAAUGUAGGUUGAAUUUGUGUAGAUUGUGGUUCAGGUGAUCAACAUGUAGCUGCUCAGGGUGAACGUAAAGCAACAGCAGCAGCAAACAUGACUCUUUGUAAAGGUCAAAGGUCAAUUGCCAAGGAUAAAAACUGGUGCCUUACCUGCAUGCUCACAGAUGAAGUGCCUCUAUUCCUUGUUGUUUUUACUGUCAGUGCUGCUUACAGUAUGAUGCUUAUUAAAAACAAUAAACUGUAAAUGGAGAAUGA